GUGUAAACACUCUCUCGUCGGCUCGGCGAUGCGCUUCUACAAUCUGAUAUGAAACGGAGUCACUUGUUUGCGUCCGAAGAGCUAAGCGAGGGAAGUUCAAGCGCAACCGGUGUAGACGAACAUACUCAUACACACGCAGCUUCUGUUCGCCUCUCGUCGCUCAGCGCGCCGGUUUCUCCGCCGCGUAGAAAGCUUGCAGUCACUCGGAAUGGGAAUGACGGAAUCCCCAACAAUUGUGAAGAGCGAGCAUCUCCUAACCUUGCUGCUGUUGAAGCUGGGCAAGUGAAGGUAGAUGACCAUGUGAAGCUCUUUUCUACAAGGCUCGCUCAGGCCUCAAGGCCUGAACCGGCCUUAGGACAAAUCCCAAGACUGUCUAUCGACCAUUGGAUCGACCUGUAUUUAAGAAAUCAACAUGCCGACGGUCACCACUUUGUAAUCCAUCAGCACGAUCAUCCAAUAGCAGGACCGCAUUAUGAUCUUCGCCUGCAAUUCUCGGAGUCGAGUUCUUUGAGCUGGGCAAUCAUGUAUGGGCUACCUGGGGAUCCCAACAGUCAAAGAAUCAACCGCAAUGCGACCGAGACUCGAGUUCAUUGCGUGUGGAACCACCUUAUCGAAACCGGGUCUGUACACACAGGGAGUAUGAUUAUCUGGGAUACGGGGGAGUAUGAGAUUCUACCGUACUAUCCCGACCAAAGGCUUCCAGAGACCGACGAUUCUUCUUCAGAUGCAUCACAAUCAUCACUGAAGGAAACGACAUCCCAAUUUUCAGAAAGUGAGAAACUGAAACAAGCAUUUCAGAAUCGAAAAAUUCGUCUACGUUUACAUGGUACGCGUCUGCCAAAGGGUUAUACUAUAGCACUCCGCUUGUCUAGUGAGGAAGAUAAAGCGGCUCGCGAGAAGCCUACUACAAAAAAACGUCGACGUAGACAUCUAGUACAGGCUCGUCACAAGGAAGCUCGCACACCUUCAACAUCUCGUUCUCCAUCCCCUAAUACUGAAGCAUCUCGAGUCCAUCUCAAUUCAUCGAUACCCAAGCAGGGUGAGGAACAUGAAGAUAUCGACGAAGGACAACCUAAUUUAGGGUCCGAUUCAGAAUCUAUCGAUUCAAACACACGUCUUAAUAACGCAUAUCCGGGGGCCACCAAUUCUGUGGGAUCAAUUCACCAGCGCAAGUGGUACAUCUCUCUUGAUCGCCACAACAGCGGAUUUGUUAAUUACAAGGAAGAAAAGAGGUGGAAAAGAAAAUCUACGGACCCUCUCACUGCCGCCGAUUCACCAGGCUUCUCACCAUUCUAUGUUCGUGGACCUGAGACUGAGCGAAGCGUUAUUACCGGAAGAACAGGAUAUGAAGUGUUUAAUGACGAGAAAGUGUACGGCUUCAUACCUAGGCGUGGUUGGAGACCAAUUCUCAACUAAAGUGAACAAAUAUAUGUCAUGUAUAUAUGAGAGAACAGAAUUGUUUUCUACUUUGAUCCAAGAAGUCACGCAUUCAGUAUAACGCUAUAUUAUCUUGAUAUUUCAACCAAUUUAUAUAGAAGG